AUGGACGUAAGGAAAGCGGAAAUGAGGGCAAUUCUUCACAGUCGCUAGAGCGGUGUCCGCUGCGCGGUGGGCUUUGUCAUAACUCCAGAGCGAAGAGAGAAGCAGAGGGGAGGGGAGGGUGUGUUGGCGGGUCUCGUCGCUUCCGCACUCGCCCAGCUGGCGUGAAAACCAAGAAAGAUGGAGCGAAGCCUAACGCCCGGAGGCGCCUCCGACUUGCUGCUCGCCGUACACGCGCAGUUCCGGGAGCGCCAGUUCGAGAGGGCGGAAGAACUGUACAGCCGCUACUUGGAGAACUGCGCAUGCUCCGGCGGGAGCAAAGACUCCUGUGAUCUGGCCACAGCUCUUAACAACAGGGGACAGAUCAAGUAUUUGAGAGUUGACUUCUAUGAAGCAAUGGAUGAUUAUACAGCAGCUAUAGAAGCCAAGCCUGAUUUUGAAGUCCCAUAUUACAACAGAGGCUUAAUAUUAUAUAGAUUAGGAUUCUUUGAUGAAGCCAUGAAAGACUUCAAGAAGGUGUUAGAGCUAAACCCUAACUUCGAAGAUGCCUCUUUGAGUUUAAAACAGACUAUCCUUGAUAAAGAAGAAAAAUUAAAAAGAAACUAUUGAAAUUCUAUUGCAGUGGAACAUUAUGUUAACUUAAGAUUUUAUUGUCUGAUCAAAUGAAGACACAGCGAAGCUUUAAAUUAGUUAAUCUGUUGAACUGAGAUGCAGAUUCUUUUUAUUGCAAGUGUUUUGUAAUGGCAGAAUGGAAUAAAAGCUGUAUAUUAACCCUCA